AUGGCAGUGAGCAAACACUCCGACCAAGCUCGUAAGGCUUAUUGCACAUGCUUGAAUGCAUCAAUCAAGUGCACUAAGUUUUUAUUGCGACAAUGUCUUGCUUUUUGUGGCCAUGAUGAAAGUGUCACUUCAAGCAAUAGGGAAAAUUACUUGGAGCUAUUGCAAUUCCUUGCAGAUAAUGAUGAUAAAGUUAAAGAAGUUGUGAUGGCAAAAGCUCCGGGGAAUCUCAAAUUACUAGCUCCAUGCAUUCAAAAAGAAAUUGUGAAUUCAUGUGCCCUUGAAACACUUGAUGAUGUCAUGGAUGGUCUAAAAGAUAGAUUCUUUUCAAUAUUGGUAGAUGAAGCACGUGAUGUGUCGGUGAAAGAGAAAAUGGCUAUGGUGUUGCGUUAUGUGGAUGACAAAGGGCAUGUAAUUGAAAGAUUUAUGGGUAUCCAACAUGUUACUGACACUACUUCAAGUUUACUAAAGGAUGCUAUUGAUACAUUCGUUUCUCGCAACAUUUUGAGCCUUUCCAAGCUACGAUGA